CAGGCGGCCAUCGACGCGGCCCGGCAGGCCAAGCUGAUGGGCAGCGCGGGCAACGCCACCAUCUCCACGGUCAGCUCCACGCAGCGGAAACGGCAGCAAUACGGGAAACCCAAGAAGCAGGGCAGCACUGCAGCCACACGCCCGCCCCGGGCCCUGCUCUGCCUGACCCUGAAGAAUCCCAUCCGGAGGGCGUGCAUCAGCAUCGUGGAAUGGAAAUAUCCUUUACCAUUUGAAAUAAUUAUUUUACUGACUAUUUUUGCCAAUUGUGUGGCCUUAGCGAUCUAUAUUCCCUUUCCAGAAGAUGAUUCCAACGCCACAAAUUCCAACCUGGAACGAGUGGAAUAUCUCUUUCUCAUAAUUUUUACUGUGGAAGCAUUUUUAAAAGUAAUAGCCUAUGGACUUCUGUUUCACCCCAACGCUUACCUCCGCAAUGGUUGGAAUCUACUAGACUUUAUCAUUGUGGUUGUAGGGCUUUUCAGUGCAAUUUUAGAACAAGCAACCAAAGCAGAGGGGUCCAACGCUCUAGGAGGGAAAGGGGCUGGAUUCGACGUGAAGGCGCUGAGGGCGUUCCGCGUGCUGCGUCCCUUGCGGCUGGUGUCUGGAGUUCCCAGUCUCCAGGUGGUUCUGAACUCCAUCAUCAAGGCCAUGGUCCCCCUGCUGCAUAUCGCCCUGCUCGUGCUGUUUGUCAUUAUUAUCUACGCCAUUAUCGGCCUGGAACUCUUCAUGGGGAAGAUGCACAAGACGUGCUACAACCAGGAGGGGAUAACAGAUGUUCCAGCAGAAGAUGAUCCUUCCCCAUGUGCGCUGGAGUCAGGCCACGGGCGGCAGUGCCAGAACGGCACCGUGUGCAAGCCUGGCUGGGAUGGGCCCAAGCACGGCAUCACCAACUUUGACAAUUUCGCCUUUGCCAUGCUGACGGUGUUCCAGUGCAUCACCAUGGAGGGCUGGACGGAUGUGCUGUACUGGAUGCAGGACGCUAUGGGCUAUGAGUUACCCUGGGUGUAUUUUGUCAGUCUGGUCAUCUUUGGAUCCUUUUUCGUUCUAAAUCUGGUUCUCGGUGUGUUGAGCGGAGAGUUUUCCAAAGAAAGGGAGAAGGCCAAGGCCCGGGGAGAUUUCCAAAAGCUUCGGGAGAAGCAGCAGCUGGAAGAGGACCUCAAAGGCUACCUGGACUGGAUCACUCAGGCGGAAGACAUCGACCCCGAAAACGAGGACGAGGGCAUGGAUGAGGAGAAACCCCGAAACAUGAGCAUGCCCACGAGUGAGACCGAAUCUGUCAACACCGAAAACGUGGCUGGAGGUGACAUCGAGGGAGAAAACUGCGGGGCCAGGCUGGCCCACCGGAUCUCCAAAUCGAAGUUCAGCCGCUACUGGCGACGGUGGAAUCGGUUCUGCAGAAGAAAGUGCCGCGCUGCGGUCAAGUCCAACGUCUUCUACUGGCUGGUGAUCUUCCUGGUGUUCCUCAACACGCUCACCAUUGCCUCCGAGCAUUACAACCAGCCCCACUGGCUCACGGAGGUCCAAGACACGGCCAACAAGGCCCUGCUGGCUCUCUUCACGGCCGAGAUGCUUCUGAAGAUGUACAGCCUGGGCCUGCAGGCCUACUUCGUGUCUCUCUUCAACCGCUUCGACUGCUUCAUCGUGUGCGGGGGCAUCCUGGAGACCAUCCUGGUGGAGACGAAGGUCAUGUCUCCCCUGGGCAUCUCCGUGCUGAGAUGCGUCCGCCUGCUGAGAAUAUUUAAGAUCACCAGGUACUGGAACUCCUUGAGCAACCUGGUGGCCUCCUUGCUGAACUCCGUGCGCUCCAUCGCCUCCUUGCUCCUUCUCCUCUUCCUCUUCAUCAUCAUCUUCUCCCUCCUGGGGAUGCAGCUGUUUGGAGGAAAGUUCAACUUUGAUGAGAUGCAGACCCGGAGGAGCACGUUCGACAACUUCCCCCAGUCCCUCCUCACUGUGUUUCAGAUCCUGACCGGGGAGGACUGGAAUUCGGUGAUGUAUGAUGGGAUCAUGGCUUAUGGCGGCCCCUCUUUUCCAGGGAUGUUAGUCUGUAUUUACUUCAUCAUUCUCUUCAUCUGUGGAAAUUAUAUCCUACUGAAUGUGUUCUUGGCCAUUGCUGUGGACAACCUGGCUGAUGCCGAGAGCCUCACAUCUGCCCAAAAGGAGGAAGAAGAAGAGAAGGAGAGAAAGAAGCUUGCCAGGACUGCCAGCCCAGAGAAGAAACAAGAGGUGGUGGAGAAGCCAGCAGUGGAGGAAACCAAAGAGGAGAAGAUUGAGCUGAAAUCCAUCACAGCUGAUGGGGAGUCUCCACCCACCACCAAGAUCCAUAUGGACGACCUCCAGCCCAAUGAAAAUGAGGACAAGAGCCCCUACCCCAAUCCAGAAGCUACAGGAGAAGAGGAUGAAGAGGAGCCAGAGAUGCCUGUCGGCCCCCGCCCACGACCACUCUCUGAGCUGCACCUCAAAGAAAAGGCAGCGCCUAUGCCAGAAGCCAGCGCAUUUUUCAUCUUCAGCCCCAACAACAGGUUUCGCCUCCAGUGCCACCGCAUCGUCAACAACACCAUCUUCACCAACCUGAUCCUCUUCUUCAUCUUGCUCAGCAGCAUUUCGCUGGCUGCCGAGGACCCGGUCCAGCACACCUCCUUCAGAAACCAUAUUCUGUUUUAUUUUGAUAUUGUUUUUACCACCAUUUUCACCAUUGAAAUUGCUCUGAAGAUGACGGCUUAUGGAGCAUUCCUGCACAAGGGCUCUUUCUGCCGGAACUAUUUCAACAUCUUGGACCUACUGGUGGUCAGCGUGUCCCUCAUCUCCUUCGGCAUCCAGUCCAGUGCAAUCAACGUCGUGAAGAUCCUGCGGGUUCUGCGAGUCCUCAGGCCCCUGAGAGCCAUCAACAGGGCCAAGGGGCUCAAGCACGUGGUUCAGUGCGUGUUUGUCGCCAUCCGGACCAUCGGGAACAUCGUGAUCGUCACCACGCUGCUGCAGUUCAUGUUUGCCUGCAUUGGGGUCCAACUCUUCAAGGGAAAGCUCUACACCUGUUCAGAUAGUUCCAAACAGACCGAGGCGGAGUGCAAGGGUAACUACAUCACAUACAAAGACGGGGAGGUUGACCACCCCAUCAUCCAGCCGCGGAGCUGGGAGAACAGCAAGUUUGACUUUGACAAUGUCCUGGCGGCCAUGAUGGCUCUCUUCACCGUCUCCACCUUUGAGGGGUGGCCAGAGCUGCUGUACCGCUCCAUCGACUCCCACACGGAAGACAAGGGCCCCAUCUACAACUACCGCGUGGAGAUCUCCAUCUUCUUCAUCAUCUACAUCAUCAUCAUUGCCUUCUUCAUGAUGAAUAUCUUCGUGGGUUUCGUCAUUGUCACCUUCCAGGAGCAGGGGGAACAGGAGUACAAGAACUGCGAGCUGGACAAGAACCAGCGACAGUGCGUGGAAUAUGCCCUCAAGGCCCGGCCCCUGCGAAGGUACAUCCCCAAGAACCAGCACCAGUACAAAGUGUGGUACGUGGUCAACUCCACCUACUUUGAGUACCUGAUGUUCGUCCUCAUCCUGCUCAACACCAUCUGCCUGGCCAUGCAGCACUACGGCCAGAGCUGCUUGUUCAAGAUCGCUAUGAACAUCCUCAACAUGCUCUUCACCGGCCUUUUCACCGUGGAGAUGAUCUUGAAGCUCAUUGCCUUCAAACCCAAGGGUUACUUUAGUGAUCCUUGGAAUGUUUUUGACUUCCUCAUCGUAAUUGGCAGCAUAAUUGACGUCAUUCUCAGUGAGACUAAUCCAGCUGAACAUACCCAAUGCUCUCCCUCUAUGAACGCAGAGGAAAACUCUCGCAUCUCCAUCACCUUCUUCCGCCUCUUCCGGGUCAUGCGUCUGGUCAAGCUGCUGAGCCGCGGGGAGGGCAUCCGGACGCUGCUGUGGACCUUCAUCAAGUCCUUCCAGGUAGCCGCCACCCCCUUCCCCGCCGGUGUCCCUGGAGCCCAGGAUGACCCCUGGGCCCCCUGGAUGGAGCUCUCGCCAGAGGGAGAAACAGGGUCCCUCUCUGUCCACGGGUCACUGAAUACCUCUUCCUCCCUCUGCCAGGUCUUUGGAAAGAUUGCCCUGAAUGAUACUACAGAGAUUAACCGGAACAACAACUUUCAGACCUUUCCCCAAGCUGUGCUGCUCCUUUUCAGGUGUGCCACGGGCGAGGCCUGGCAGGACAUCAUGCUGGCCUGCAUGCCAGGCAAGAAGUGUGCCCCGGAGUCCGAGCCCAGCAACAGCACAGAAGGGGAGACGCCAUGUGGCAGCAGUUUCGCCGUCUUCUAUUUCAUCAGCUUCUACAUGCUCUGUGCCUUCCUGAUCAUCAACCUCUUUGUGGCUGUCAUCAUGGACAACUUUGACUACCUGACAAGGGACUGGUCCAUCCUGGGUCCCCACCACCUGGAUGAGUUUAAAAGGAUCUGGGCAGAGUAUGACCCUGAAGCCAAGGGCCGUAUCAAACACCUGGAUGUGGUGACCCUCCUCCGCCGGAUUCAGCCCCCCCUGGGUUUCGGGAAGCUGUGCCCUCACCGCGUGGCUUGCAAACGCCUGGUCUCCAUGAACAUGCCUCUGAACAGUGACGGGACAGUCAUGUUCAAUGCCACCCUGUUUGCCCUGGUCAGGACGGCUCUGAGGAUCAAAACAGAAGGGAAUUUAGAACAAGCAAACGAAGAGUUGCGGGCAAUCAUCAAGAAGAUCUGGAAGCGGACAAGCAUGAAGCUGUUGGACCAGGUGGUGCCCCCUGCAGGUGAUGAUGAGGUCACCGUCGGCAAGUUCUACGCCACGUUCCUGAUCCAAGAGUACUUCCGGAAGUUUAAGAAGCGCAAAGAACAGGGCCUCGUGGGCAAGCCCUCACAGAGGAAUGCCCUGUCCCUGCAGGCUGGCUUGCGCACACUGCAUGACAUUGGGCCCGAGAUCCGACGGGCCAUCUCUGGAGACCUCACCGCCGAGGAGGAGCUGGACAAGGCCAUGAAGGAGGCUGUGUCCGCUGCCUCCGAAGACGACAUCUUCAGGAGGGCCGGUGGCCUGUUCGGCAACCACGUCAGCUACUACCAAAGCGACGGCCGGAGCGGCUUCCCCCAGACCUUCACCACGCAGCGUCCGCUGCACAUCAACAAGGCGGGCAACAGCCAGGGCGACACCGAGUCGCCCUCCCACGAGAAGCUGGUGGAUUCCACCUUCACCCCCAGCAGCUACUCGUCCACCGGCUCCAACGCCAACAUCAACAACGCCAACAACACGGCCCUGGGCCGCCUCCCCCGCCCCGCCGGCUACCCCAGCACGGUCAGCACCGUGGAGGGCCACGGGCCCCCCUUGUCCCCGGCAAUCCGGGUGCAGGAGGCGGCGUGGAGGCUCAGCUCCAAGAGGUGCCUCUCCCGGGAGAGCCAGACCGCCAUGGGAUGUCAGGAGGAGGGGUCUCGGGACCAGACUUAUGAAGUGAAGAUCAGCGAUGACCCCGAGUCCCGCAGCGAGCCCAGCCUGCUCUCCACGGAGAUACUCUCCUACCAGGAUGAUGAAAAUCGGCAACUGACACCCCCAGACGAGGACAAGAGGGACAUCCGGCAAUCUCCGAAGAGGGGAUUCCUCCGCUCAGCCUCACUAGGUCGAAGGGCCUCCUUCCACCUGGAGUGUCUGAAGCGGCAGAAGAAUCAAGGAGGAGACAUCUCUCAGAAGACAGUCCUACCCUUGCACCUGGUUCAUCAUCAGGGCUGUCCACUCCCCCUGUGUAGUGAGAGCCUUAGCAAGGUCUGCAGUGUCGCAGGAGCCCGGCCUGUCUCCCUCACGGUGCCCAGCCCGGCCGGGGCCCGGGGGAGGCAGUUCCAUGGCAGUGCCAGCAGCCUGGUCGAAGCGGUCUUGAUUUCGGAAGGACUGGGGCAGUUUGCUCAGGACCCCAAGUUCAUCGAGGUCACCACCCAGGAGCUGGCGGACGCCUGCGACAUGACCAUCGAGGAGAUGGAGAGCGCGGCCGACAACAUCCUCAGCGGGGGCGCCCCGCAGAGCUCCAAUGGCACCCUCUUACCCUUUGCGAACUGCAGGGACCCGGGGCAGGACCGAGCCGGGGGCCAGGAGGACGCGGGCUGCGCGCGCACCCCGGGGCGCCCGCAGAGCGAAGAGGAACUCCAGGACGGCAGGGUCUACGGCCUGUAGUCGCCGGGGCUGGGGAGAUGCUGGGUUUUUUUUAUUUGUUUCAAUGUUCCUAAUGGGUUCGUUUCAGAAGUGCCUCACUGUUCUCGUGACCUGGAGUUAACCGGAACAGCGUCUUCAUUCAUUUCUGUGGGGACAAGACGCAGAGUCGGGUGGUGCCCAGAGCUCGCUCUUGGGGGCCCGGGAGGCAGCAGUGCGGGGUGUGUCCCAGAGGUGGAGGGGUGAGCAGGGGGCGGCAGAUCAGGGAGGGGCGCGAGGGAAGAGACGCCCGUCCUCUCCUUGCAUGCCAUGCCCUGCGCCUGAACCAGCAGCCGCCUCUGGGGGAGAGAACCCCAGCUUCCUGCGCGCCCUCACCCCCAGGACCCUCUAGCAAAUGGGUGUCUUUCAACUUUGCUUGUAAAAAAAAAAUCAUUUG